UCAUAAAUAGCGCUGCUGCAACCAGCGGCAGGUCUCCGUCUCCCUGAAGCAGGAGAGUUCACUACCAGCUGGGAGUACUACACCAACAGCUAUGAACAGUGGGAUCUGUGUAUGCGUGUUCCUUGCUGUUCUCUACUCGGGCUGCAUUGGCGGACUCAUCAAUGGGUCUGACGAUGGGAAUCCAAUUGGCAGGGAGCUGAAGCAAAGCAUUGCCAUGCACCAAAGGCAACUUCGGGAAGCCCAGUCCACUGACCAAGUGAAACCAUUCCAGAGCAGUGAGCAAAGAGCCAACUUGGGAGCUCUGCUCACACAAUACCUUCAACAAAUCAGGAAAGGUUCCUUGGAUAGAGGCACUCCUGUGGGAAGCAAAUUGCAGAACCUGGAUCCCUCCCACAGGAUAAGCGAUCGGGAUUACGUAGGAUGGAUGGAUUUUGGUCGACGCAGUGCUGAAGAAUAUGAAUAUGCAGCAUAAAAAAAGUUAUAACAAACACAUGCCCAAUUCUGUACAAAAGAAGAAAAACAACUUGGAUUUCAAGUCUUAAAAAUGAGUGUUUCAAAUUCUAUUCACUAUGAUCCUUAAUGUGCAUUUGUUUGUAAGACUGUAUGAUGCAAUAUACAUAUGCAGGAUUCUGCAGAAUUGUCUGACUCAGUCCAGUUUCUUAUUAAUAUUAAUGAUACAAGAUUGAAAUAAUUCCGUAUCUCAUCUGUCGAUUUAGUACAUCACAAUAAAAAGAAGCAAAACAGAAA